AUGCACAAUGAAAACGGUCAAGCCGAGCGUUACUGUAGAACAAUAUUAAACAUGAUCAGGGUGGAAGUUAAUAAUAAAAAUAGUCUGUGGUCCGAUUCGUUAUGGAGGAUUCAACUCGUCUUAAAUUGCACCCAACAAAAGACUACGCGUGUCUCCCCAAUGCAAUUACUUAUCGGCAUAGAUGGUACCACACCUGUGAUAAGAUCUCUCAUACGCGACGUUGCCAUAAAUAAUUCUAGUCCUAAUCGUGAGGCAAUGCGAGAAUUACAUCGUCAAAGAGCAUCUGAACUGAUGGAGCGCAAUAAAGAAAGACAAGACGCUUACGUUAACAAACACCGAAGGAAUCCUCGAAUUUUUAAACUUAAUGAUUUUGUGUUUGUCUCUAAAUCUGCACAGGCACGCGGCAAACUAGAUUCUGGAAUGCGUGGUCCUUAUCGUGUUGUGAAAAUUUUGCCUCAUGGACGCUAUGAACUGCAACUAUUAGGAGCGUCUCAUGGCAAAACUACUCGAGCCGCAGCUGAAUAUAUGACAGCGUGGCACGGGGAGUGGACGCCGGAAUCGUGUGCUGCGUUUUUCAACACGGAUGAUACGAAUGAUCCGGAAUUUUUGCAAGUUGAAAAUCCUGCAAUAGCGGAAACUAUGGAUAACCAUAGUCUUGAGGUGAACGUGGACGUUCACUUGUCAGGAGAGGCCGUAUAAGCAAAAUUGAAGGUAGAAGUGGGAGACAGGAGGCGUGGCUUGGUCGUCGUUCGAUGUUUUGAAAUACUGAAGUGGCAACAAUAGCAAGGAGGGUAGCAAGCACACCGCGGAGAGCUCACUUUGGCUCCGUCUCGCGUAGCGAUCACUUGUUAGGCCGAACUCUUGAAUUAUAUUUAAUUUAAUUGUUAUAUAGUUUAGUUUGUAUUAAAGUAGUUCUAAUUUUGCUAUCUUGUUAUAUUUUUCGAAUGAAUAUUAAUUUUGUUAAUAAUUAAUAAAUGAUUGUUUUUGUGUUA